AUGAAUAAAAGCGUCCGAAUCAUUCAACUGGAUGUGAGGAAACAGGGAGCAGUGCAUGACAGUUUGAUGAACGAUGAAGAGACACGAAACGCAGUGGCACUCGCGAUUCAGGAACCCCAAGCGAGGAGAAUCCAAGGGCGGCUCCUGACAACCCCGAUGGGACAUCACAAAUGGACCAAGAUGGUCCCCUCCACUUGGAGGGAGGGCCGAUGGCCAAUCCGAAGCAUGCUGUGGGUAAAUAAGGAUGUGGAAGCGGAGCAAGUGCCGAUCGAGUCGCCGGACCUGACCGCAGCGGUCAUCCGCAUCCCGGAGCGUCUAAUAUUUAUGGCAUCAGUCUACUUAGAAAGAGGGGAUGCCGCAGCGUUGGACAACGCAUGUGAUCGCCUCAGAAAAGCAAUCAAUGAGGUACGGCAAGACGCGGGAACGGUGAUGGAGAUCAUGAUCGUGGGGGACUUUAACCGCCACGAUCAGCUCUGGGGAGGAGACGACGUAUCUUUAAUAGGACAAGGAGAAGCGGAUCCAAUCAUCAACCUCAUGAGUGAAUUCGCUCUCUGUAUCCUGCUCAAACGAGGCACGAAGACAUGGCACGGUGGAGGGCAGAGUGAGGUCUGCGAGUCCACGAUCGACCUCGUCCUAGCCUCAACCAACUUGACAGACUCGAUGGUCAAGUGCGCAAUACACGGAACGGAGCACUGUUCGGACCACCGCGCUGUUUAG